AGAAAUAGAGCCGCGAUUGUGGAAUGUUUGCCAGUGGGAGGGUGCCAGAUCAAAGCAGCGGCCACAGCCCGAAGGGGCUCCCCGGGGCAUCGCUGCCGCCUUCCACCGGCAGCGGCUCCAAUCGAUCGGGGGGUGCGGGAGGCUCGCGUUGGCUUCUGUCUGCAGUUAGAGGGAUGGCUCGAACCACCCAAAACCGGCUUUAACCAUCCCAAACCGGCUUUAACCAAAAGAUUCAAGCGGUUGUGUUGAUGAAUUAUUUCUUUUUUAUACGGGCCUUUUGAGGGGGAAGGCGGGAUUUUGGGGUGCUUUUGAGGCGUAGGGGUAGGCGGGUUUCCCGCAUGGAGCCCGCAGCGGGUGCGAACGCCCGGAGCGGAGUCGGGGUCUGUCCGUCUGUCUGUCUCCCCGGAGCGGGGCCGGGGUCCGUCCGUCUGUCUGUCCAGCCCGGAGCGGAGCCGGGGUCCGUCUGUCUGCCCUCCCCACGCCCAGAAGCGGAGCCGCGGUCCCUCUGUCGUGCCCCGAGCGGGGCCGGUGCUGCUGCUGUGCCCGGGAGGUGCGCAGCCCCUGCGGUAGCAGCCACCCACCGCCAGGGAUGCCGCAGCGCUCGCAGCCCGGCAGCCGCCUCCGCGGGGCUCCGCGGGCGGUGGGUGGAUGGACUAUAUAGGGAGAGAGAAGGAGAAGCGCCCUGGAAGCGCUGUCUGUCCGCAGGUGCCGAGGGGGCAGGCAGGGAGCCCCCCCGAGCUCCCCCUUGUCCCUCCGGCCAGAGCCCGCACGGCUUCCCCGGGGCUGGAAGGCGAUUUUAUUCUCGUUUCGCUGGAGCUGAUGGCUACAGGCCACCUCUGUAUAGGGGUGCGUAAACUUGAAGAACUCGGGCUUUUUCCAGCUAGAAUCUUCACUUUACGAUCGCAGCGCAGCAAACAUGCCUGAGCAAAGCAAUGAUUACCGGGUGGUUGUGUUCGGAGCAGCAGGGGUUGGAAAAAGCUCCUUGGUCCUUCGUUUUGUAAGGGGAACUUUCAGGGAAACCUAUGUUCCCACAAUUGAAGAUACGUACCGGCAGGUGAUCAGCUGCGAUAAGAGCAUCUGCACCCUGCAGAUUACAGACACCACGGGAAGCCAUCAGUUCCCUGCUAUGCAGAGGCUGUCUAUCUCCAAGGGGCAUGCUUUCAUCCUGGUGUACUCUGUCACCAGCAGGCAGUCCAUGGAAGAUCUUCACCCCAUCUUUGAACAGAUUUGUCAGAUUAAAGGGGACAUUCAAAAAAUCCCAAUAAUGUUGGUGGGGAACAAAAGCGAUGAGGCCCAGAGGGAGCUGGAUGCCAGCGAGGGGCAAGCGCUAGCCAGCAAGUGGAAAUGCUCCUUUAUGGAGACAUCAGCCAAAAUGAACUACAACGUGCAGGAGCUCUUCCAGGAGCUCUUGAAUUUGGAGAAGAGGAGAACUGUCAGUCUCCAGGUGGAUGGAAAAAAAUCCAAGCAGCAGAAAAAGAAAGAUAAACUGCAAGGCAAGUGCUCCGUUAUGUGAUUGACUUCAGCUGGACUUGCACUAUUGCAUGGUGUAAUCAGAGCAUGGACUCCCACAGAAAGUACAUGUCUGCUGGAGGUUUCAGAGGAAUCCAUGCCUUAUAGGGCUAUUGUUUUUCUCUAAAAUCUCUGCUGGAUUAUUUUAUGUGUUGGUUUUAAAGAGGAUGGCUUUCUGCAUGUUUAUUUUUUUAAAACAAUAAAUGUUUGAUGUUAGCAAUUAUAUGUGAUUACAAGUUUUUAAUGCAAGAAGUUUACAGAAAAGUGUCAGUCAGAAACAAACAUCUCUAUUCCUGUGAGUACAUGCUAGUUUUAAAGCAUUUCCAGCCUAUUUGCUCUAAAGAAAUCAUAGUAUCUAUAAUGUAUACACUUCAAAAACUGUUUUCAGGAAUCUAUCCACCAGAGCAAACCUUUAACAAAGCUGGGAAUUUGCACUGCGAAUGAACAUGUAUGUGGCUUCAGGUGCUUACAUUUUUGGCAGACUGACUGGCUUGCCUACCAAAGAUGCAGCUUUUCCACAGUAGAAUUUAAGUUUUCCUGUAUGCUGUGCGAUUCCUGAGACUUCUGGAGUUCUGUGAGUGAUUACAGCUAUAACUGUAUAUACAGGCUGUUUGCUCUUUUACUCUGACUUUUACUCUGACUUCCCCUGUUCACUGAGGCAGGGGAUUCCAUGUGCUCUGACUCCACAUCCAGGGGUGAUUCUCCGCAUCUUUAAGCAGAAGCUGCCUCCUUCAAGAAGGUAAUCAGGUUAUUGUAAGUACCAGUUGAUACCAGCUGGUUAUCUUAGCAAUUUGCCUUUCCUUUCUCAGCUGUCACACUGAUUUUGCAACUGGCUGAAGAUACUCUUGGUGUCUUCCCAGAGUUGUCUUAGGUAUUUUUCAUUUCCCCUCUCUUAUUUCAUCUGAGUGGCCCAGGUUUUAGUUGAGACUUGGGACAAGUUGGUUCAGGUAACACUGUUUCGGGAAGAAGCAUCUACUCCUGGGAACUGCAUGUGUAAAGAUGAUCCCUCUCUGACAGAACCUUUCAGCAGACGGGUCCCACAGGUGAACGGACUGGAGACAUGAGCUUCCUCUCUCUGUUGUCUCCCUCUGCCUGCCUUUUUCUUUCUUUGGCUAUUGUUAACAAGAGAUAAGUGUGAUACUCCUCAUCAGAAGUGUAUGGCUGAGAAGGAUUUCAGGGGAAUAAGUGUUGGUCGGCUAUUGACCUAUGCCAGGUAUCUGUUUUGAUUAUGUGUUAGCACAAGAAGAUUAAGGACUUCUAUGUUGCACUGUUGGCUUCAUUUUCAAACAGCAAUGUAGUUGUGAGGCAAGAGGUAUGGGAGAGAGGAAUUGCUUCUUUUUAUGGCACUUUUCUAGUGAAAUGAUUUUAUUGUUGAGGAUGAACAAGAUAAGGAGCAGGAAAUGCUGGAAGGUACAUACCCUUUCUUGGUUUGAAAGCACUAGUGCCUAUUAAUAAACUGCUGUUCUGCUAUGUAAAAUGCUAGAAAAGGGCCUCUUCUCUCGGCUGUUGUUUGUUCAUGGCAGACUAACACACAAAGCCAUGAGGUUUGUAUCCAUGUUAAUAUCUCACAUAUCUCAACAACUCUUAGAAUCUAUUCUAGCUCCCGAUGCUCUGUUGACUCCUCUGUCUGCCUAUGAGCUGCUUUUCUGGUCUCCUCAGGCUGUGCCUACACAACCAUUAAGGGGCCAAUUAGCUCCAUGUGUGCCAGAGGACUUUGUCCCAGUUACAGCUGGAGCCCUUGGGCUGUUUGCAAGUCCUGCAUGAGUAUUUGGUGCUGACUGAAGUGACGCUCACUUGCCAAAAUAAAGUGUGAAUUUGCCAAGCUGAUGCAAAGGCUCUCUAUCUACCUGAUUUUUUUUCUUAUUGGAGGCCAUAUCCUGCAGGUCCUGCAAGCUUCUUGUGCUGGACCAGUGGUGCCGAGUGGUGUGGUCCUCAGUCCCCCUGCUGUGGGUAGCCUUCACUGCCAUUGCAGUCAGGGGUGAGUCAGGUUGAAGGGCAGCCGUAAUGACUUUGCUUGAAAAUAACCCUUGUUUUUUCCUCUUUAACUUUGUGCAUGGAUUUUGAUCUCUCUGUUCUUUUCUUUCCAAACAGUUAUGCAAAUGCUUCUCUGUGGGUCGUUUUUAGCAUCUGGCAAUUAUUAUUGCAAAGACUAUUCAGUUCCAUUCCAGCCUUCGAAAUCCCUAUAAGUCAUUUUAUAUUUAAGCCUUUUUAAAAUGUCAUGAGACCUAAUAAUGUCUUUACAACUCCCACGGCCUUCAUGGAGAUGCCUGUGCAAAGGCUGGGUAGCGUGUAUCUGUGAUUAUUCACACAUCCUGGAUGUUCUGUAAUGUGUCAUUAUCACUGCAGUGUUUUCCAUGUAUGUGGUGCGGAGAAUACUGGGAACCGGGGUCUGGUGGAGCACAAGGAACAACUUAAUAUGAAAAAGCAGGCUCAUUCACCCAUGCACCUGGCAGAUUCCUCAAGCUGCCUUUGGUGGCUUUGAGAGGAGGGCCCAUGGGACUGCAUGGGUGACGGAGAUGCUGGGGUGCUGCUGCUGAUGCAGGGUGCUGGUGUGGGGCAUUGACAGCCCGAGUCCUGGCCUAGCAACAUAGAGAGGAUUGGGAAGGAGUGACACGUGGUGUGGCUGCUUUUCAUGCUAUGUAAAUAAUCUGUUUGGGGAGUGCUAGAGCAAUUGUAUGGUAAAUUAAAACCAUAUUAAUAAAUAAAUUGUAUAAUUGUAUUUGUUUCCAUAUAAACUGAACUAGUCUGAUUUGUUUGUGUGCAUAAUCUAUCAUUCUUAUAGAAGGGAGAUUUAUUUUAAUUGAACUGAUGAAUGUCAAGAUGUUGGCUAUUGAAAGUUCCAUGCAAAUCUAAAUUAAAGGGUAAUAUCUAACAGUCUUGCGGAGAACUACAUAGAGGAUGCCUAUAGUUAGCAACAAAGUGAAAAAUACCAUA